GUUGGGGAAUUCCGAUAAACACACCUGUUUAAAAACAUUGCAAAAUAUUUGAUAUUUUUCAUAUAUAUAAACAAGUCUGAAUUAAUGAGAGGAUCAGUAUAUAGCCUGCACAGAAUUUUAUAGUUCACUUGCUUCCUAGUAUUGUGGAUAAUGAUUUAGAAAUUCAAUAUUGUGACAGUAACUUAUAAACAGAUAAAUACUGGCGGUAGCGAUAUUUGGAUGACCCAGUUUCAUCCGCAAGGUAACCAAUAAUGCAGCACAAGCGAGAAGCCAGCAGGUUACAUUUCGGCAUCCACCUUUGUGAACAGGCUGUGUGUCACAUAGACUUUCUCAAAGCUGUUAACAGUGUUCCUGAAUUAAAGAAGCCAUCUGUGUUGAGACGUGCCGUAUACAGAUAUGAGAAAUACUGGCUUCCUUUGGCAGUGGACUACCCACACGAGUGUUUGUCAGCUCCACUAGAUAUUGAAUGGGUGUGGCAUUGUCAUAUGUUAUGCCCAAAGGCUUAUGAGAAAGAUUGCCAAGCAAUUGUUGGCACCACUGUAAAUCAUACACUUCACAAAGCGGGUCGGUAUCAAGAAAGACAGAAACAGUCGCGGACGUACUGGUCAGCAAAAUAUUCAGGAGGUCACGAACCUUUCACAGUUGACUUCAAUGCGCCAUAUGAUGUCGACACUGUUGAUUGCCACAAAACUAAAAUUUCAUACGAUAUUGUAGCAGCUGCGCAGAGGCAGAUGGUUUUCUACUACCAAGUUUCAUUACCACAUCAUCGAGAUGGCAAAUAUCUAGAGAACUCACUUCUCAGAUAUAAACAGUUUUUGUACCUGAAAACGCAACUGCCGAAGGCUUUCCUCGUACCAUGUUAUGAUAUAGAUUUGAUUUGGCACACGCAUCAGCUAAAUCCAAUUAUUUACAAGGAAGACAUGACAAGAAUUAUUGGUCAUUUAUUUAACCACGACGACACUGUAAAUGAUCGCAGCGAAGGAUCGACAUUAAAUGUUGCUGACAAACAAACACGCGAAAGCUGGAAAAACUUCUACAAUGAGACAUUUUCCCUAUUCGGGGCAAUGUAUCGUGGCAACCCACCAGCGGGAUUUCUUUUCAAAAUAAGCUCAGACGAGUCUUACACAUUUUGCACAAAAAGCACACAAAUAACAUUCGAAAAAUUGACGCUGACUUUCCCAUCGACGAAUCCGGACAAGUACAAGAAGAUCAAAUUAACUGUGUCAAGCGCUGCUGGUUCAAGGGCAUUACGUAACUGGUUCUCUUUGAAACGUCCUGGGGACCAGCCGCCUGGUUCAAGUACUGUUACCUGGAAAAAUGUUGGUCAGCGUGUAUUAGACACAAAGGAAGCCAACAAUAUAAGCUUCUGGUUGCAGGAAUAUGUAGGUUUGUCGUGUUGUGGAUCGAAAGAAGACGUUGGCUCCAACGUUGUGAAUAUUUUGCCUCAGAUUGAGUCCAUCGCAAAUGCUCACACCGGCGGGAGAAUUAAUGCCCAGAUUCCUCUAGGAGGAACCAACAUUCUUUUGGAUAUUCAAGGACAAUUUUCCGCCCCGAAAAGAGGAAUGGCAUUGAUGUUCCUAGAUAAAGGCAGAUACGAAACAGCAAUUAUUCCAGAGAACGUGCAACAGUUAUGGGGUCCAGUAUCGCUAGAAAGACUACCUCCAGGGAUUGAUAACCAUUGCCAAGUCGCAUCACACAGAUUGAAGAACCACCUUGGUAACGUGGAGUUUACAGCGAGGACAAUACACAGUCAAGCGUUGAUGAUGUCAGUAAUUCAAGUGUACUAUCAUGACAAAAUGUCUGUCAUCGGACAUCUGAUUGCUUCGGACCAGCUUCCGCUUCCAACACAAGUAAGCAAGGAUGAAAUCACAUUAAAUCCAGUACAGGGAGAGAGAGCAGUUCUAAUAAAAAAUAAUGGUGGUGACUGGGGUAUUAUAACAGGAAGAUGGAAGGACUUCAAACGAGGAGUGGCUGGAACUAGACACAAAAGAGGACAGGCAGGCAGUCCCGGAACACUAUUUCUGAAAUUCUACAAAUUUUCUACUCGUGCAACCACGACUGUGGAGUUGGGGUACCUUAAAAAAGACUACGUAUUCAGAAUCGAGUCUGCUCAAGUGGAUUUGAUGAAGGGUGUGCUUAAUGUUGAUUCUACUAGUAAUGAAGUUGCUGAAAACAUUGCUUUGGCGUUUUCAGUUUCUCUUUUACACGUGCUUUGCGUUCCAAGACCAAAAGGAUGGAAAGAGGGACAGCAGGUUAAACCAACAGUAACAUCUCGCGGAUCAAGACCAAUAACUACCAUUCCUUCAGAUGAUAUGGCAUUUAUCAUGGCUGCAGGGCUGUUGUGGAGUACACCGUCAAAUUACUAUAUGCAUUCCCAUUAUGGCGCACACAUUUGUGCUAUGUGCGGAGGAGGGGGUGGUGGUGUGAUGGAAUUUGAUGCAGGGGACUAUGGAGUAGACGCAGGUGGUGGGGAUGCUGGAUGCGAUGGAAGUGCAUGUGGGGGUGGUGGAGAUGGUGCUGGAUGUGGUGGUGGAGAUGGUGGCGGCGGAUGUGGAGGAUGUGGCGGAUGCGGAGGUUGUGGUGGCGGCGGGGGCUGUGGUGGAGGUGGGGGCGGAUGUGGAGGUGGGGGCGGGUGUGGCGGCGGGGGCUGUGGCGGUGGAUGUGGUGGUGGAUGUGGCGGUUAAGUACUCUAUAAACCGCCAUGACAUAAAUAUGUGUCUAGCUUUUGCUACCGAUUUUAUGGUUGAAGAUUAUAUUUUUGUUUGUGGUUUGUUAUACUUGUUAUAUUUACUCUAAUAUGUCAGUAUAUACAUGUAGUAUAUGGCAACAUUCGACAUAUCUGUAUGACAUUAAAUAUAGUUGAUAUUCAUUGAUUUUGACAGAAAACAGUGACCUAAUAUUAUACCAUUUUAUUAAAAUAAUAGUUAAAUCAGUGAGAAAUGUAUGCAGUUUAUAUGUAAAAAAUAUGCAACCCUUUGUCAAAUGCACCAUAGUAUUUAAUACAAGUUCAGAGUGCGCUCAGGUAUAUUUGUUUUAUUAAAUUGUAAGGUUACAACACAUUUGUUUAAAUCACGAAUAAGAUAUGAUAACUUUGGAAAUAAUUGUUUAUGACCUAUGCCAGAUUUCCAUUUUUCGGAUUUGCUUUCUAAAUAAUGUUUUUCAUUUAUGAUUUCUUUGAAUACACAUUUUCCUUGUCAUUAUUUUUAAAGUCGCAGUGUUGUAUGUCUGUUCAUUGCAUUGCUGUUUCAUAUCGUGUUCAAACUCUUUCGUGUGUUUUCAUGUAACUCUGCAUCCUAAGAAACUCGCCUUGACUUAUUGAAAGGAAGUUCACAGCGCCAUAACUGGGCCUAGAAUAUUUAUUUAUCUUUCCAUUCGUACCUAAUUUAAAACUUGGACGAUGACUUUGAAACAACGGAGGAGAAACACAAUUGCCUUUAGAUCGUCUUUCCAACUUCGUUUGAAUAGAGAAGUGGUUUAUAAAGUUUACAAUACCAAUAAAAAUGCAUUAACAGCAUAGGCAUAAACAUAACUACAUGACGAUAGGCGGCAACAAAAGGAGAUGCAGAGCGCAAAUGCCAUAACAUUAUGUAGGAUUAGUAAAUGUAGCUAAAUUUUAAAAUCGCACAUGACUUUGAAAAAAUGACCUUAUUUUGAGUUAACAAUAAUUCUAAUCAUAUGACACUUCAUACAAAUUGUCCAAAUAACGGUUGCUUAUUAGAUGAAUUCAUAACUGCAAUGUUCUCGUCUGACUUAGCAGAUUUAUAAAAGUUGUGGAGUUUAAGUUUAAUAGUAAUGGAAAUCAGGACCUGCGAUGUUUAUUUUGUAAAAGACUUCCAACAAUAGAGAGGAUGUUAUUUUGUUCAAUUACCUAUAUUAUUGUUGUUUUGUUAACCUGAAAUCUUCGUUUUAGUUUUGUUUGAUGUUUGUGUUUAGAUUGUACACAUGUUUUGAUAAAGUAGUAAUUAGUGAUGAAGUAGGUUAAAUUGUAAUAUAAUAUACAUUGCUCUUCCAUAACUCUAGUAUCAUUACUGUACUUAAGUACAUUGUAUAGAAUCCCAGAUAUACCCUACCCACCUCUUCUAUACGCCAUUUUUUGUGUCGGUUCGCCGUAUAAUCCAAGUCACUCACUCACUCACUCUAUAUGCCAUUUAGAUACGUAGCCCUAAAUUUGUUACUAUACUUUUGUAUUUUAUUUUAGAUUAUCUCUUUUUACAUUUAAUUAUAGUUUCAACACCAAAAAUGUGUUGACCUUGUUCAGAGUUGGUGAUAGUUUUUAUAAGAAAUACACCUGUAUCGCAUUUUUGCAGAUAUAUUCUUGGUGUAAUUUAUAACAAAGAAUAGAAAGAACUGGUCAUGUUGGAACGAAAAUAUCUACUUUAGUACGAUUUGUUUACUGUAUAGAAGCUAUUUUAGAGGUUAUUUGUAGCAGAAAGUUUGUUUUCUGUCGUAAUAUACAUCUGCUUAAACAGCACAUGUUCUUAAAGAGAUCCGGGUAUUCUUUAUAUUUUAAGUAAGUUACGCUAAAACCACCCUAUUUCUUGCAUCCUCCGCUCAACUCGGCAAAGAGCAAACCGAUUUAUUUUACUGGUGUGUUAUACAGAUAGAGGAAACAGUGAGAUUGUACAAACAAAAAUUGUGAUCAAAUGAGAAAAUACUGUGAUAGGAAGGUGAAUUUUUUACUCGGACUUUUUUGUAAAGCCCAAGGGACAGUUCAGUAAAGUGCUAGAGGCAGUUUUGUAAAGUGCAAGGGACAGUUCAGUAAAGUGCUAGAGGCAGUUUUGUAAAGUGCAAGGUCCUCUGACAGUUCGAGUAAAAUUUGCCUGAAACGUUACCCAGAUGUAAUUGUUUUAUAAUAACAUGAAAGUUAACUUUUGUGGUAAUAUAUAAAAUUUUAUUUAGAUUAUGAUUUUGUUUUCAGAAAUAAAAGAUAUAUAAGUCACUUUAGGCGAAUUAUGAUAUAGAUGUUUUAGUACUUAAUUAUUACCCCCAUGACCAAACUAGAGUUCACAAACGUAAGGUUCGCAAAAAUAGGCAAUAACAAUAAAUUUGACGUGGUAACAACAUUUCAUCUAAUGACUGUAUAUUAGUUAAAGGAUUGCUAACGAUGGCAGCGCUACAAAUAAACAAAAAGAUAAGGGCUUAUCAAACUAAACAAAGAUGUAAAAACAGUUACUUUUGACAACUAUUUUUCCAUAGCUUAGGGUAUCAUAUGAUGUAAAAAAACGAAAGCAUUCAUCCGAAAAAUAAUAAUUUUGAAAAUAUGAUAAAAACUAAAAAGUUGAGCACAAACGUUUUCAUUAAUUUUAAACAAUAUUAACCCUUACCCUGAUAUAUUUCUAUAAUGAACUGGUCCAUCUUUCAAUUUGGACAGUACCACUUAUUACUCAAAGGGGUUUUCACUGAAAAUUUACUGACUGAAUAGCGAACAGUGCAGACCAUGAUCAGACUGCACGGAUGUGCAGGCUGAUCUUGGUCUGCACUGGUCGCAAAGGCAGAAUCAUCUACCGCCAGCAGGCUAAGGGUUAAACAAUAGAUUGAACAAUACAAAGUAACGGACUGGGAUGGGGUUUUUUAUGUUAUGAGUUUUGGAUCCUUCUUUUUAUUUCUAAUGAUAAUUACAUCCCGAGGCAUCUGUCUUUGUGCCUUACAUUUUUAGAUUUUUACGUUCAGCAACAUUUUGUACUAUGCUUUUUACUUGGGCUUUGUAGUUUAUUGAUAUUAUGACAUUCUAAUCCAUAUUUCCUUUGGCUCUGUGAUAGUCACGUCGCUUUUUACAUUAUUUUUAUAAUAAACUCGAUAUAAACUCAA